CAUACAACAACUUAAACUCAAACAACAAAACCCUUCAAUAUAUUCUUUAGCUUUACUUUCCUCUUUUUCUUCUUCUAGCUAUCUACAACACAUAACAAGAAACAUUCCUAGCUACUCUCAAUUUUUCAAUGGAUCCAUGCCACAUAUCUGCUUAUGCAAACUUCAGUUUUGAACUGAGAAUCAUUCAAGCCCGAAAUAUUGAAUCCGUCAAAUCCACAAAAAACUUAUUUGCUAGGUUAUAUCUUCCAACAGGAAACAACAAAAGAAUUCAACUAAACAGCAAAAGUGUUUCCACCAAAUCAGUGCCCUUUUGGGAUGAGUCUUUUAAUCUAGAUUGUUCUUGCCCCCAAGAAUUCUUGGAAAACCUUAAUCAACAAAGCCUAGAGGUGGAGCUAAGGCAAAGGAAGAUAUGGGGGUCACAACUUAUUGGGAAAUUUGAGAUUCCAUGGAAAGUGAUUCUUGAAUCACAAAACAUGGAGUUAAAAAAAUGGUUGAAGAUGGAUUUGGUGAGUGGAAGUGAUUACAAAGAGGGUAUGUUCACAACACCAGAAGUGGAAGUGGAGAUUAAAAUAAAAGUAGCUUCAGUUUCUGAGAUGGAGACGCAAAAUAAGAGGAGAUUGAAUAAUUGGAAUGAGUGUGGAUGCAAAAACGGCCAUGACCAUCGUGCUUGGUGCUGCGCAGAAGAUUGUGAUAUAUUUGCGCUUGGUGCAGCUUUGGAGGCUUUUUGAUUUUGAUGCAAAAUUAUGUGAUGUAUAUAUGCACUAACAUCAACUAAUUAAUUAGCUUAUCAUUACAGUGGAUUUAUAUUUUUUUGACAAAAUUAUAAUGGAUCGAUUCUAUUUGAUUA